AUGUCCACCCUUUCAGUGUUCUUGGAUGUACCCCUAGCACAGAAGCUAGAAGGCAGCUUGUUAAAGACCUACAAACGUGACGAAUGCACUAAGAAGAUGUUCCUAGCCUAUAAAGUCUGCAUGACCAAUGAAGGACAACCCUGGGUUUCUUCUGUGGUGCAAAAGAUCCGACUGCAGCUCGCACAGGACCCCUCCCUCAACUAUGAGUACCUGCCGGUGUUGGGCAUGAAAUCAUUCAUCCAGGCCUCCUUGGAACUUCUCUUUGGAAAGCACAGCCAAGUCAUUGUGGAGAACAGGGUAGGGGGUGUGCACACUGUUGGUGACAGUGGUGCUUUCCAACUUGGGGCCCAGUUCCUCAAAAUUUGGCGUCAGAAUUCUCAAGUUGUUUACAUCUUUUCUUCUCAAAGAGAACAGCAUGGACUCGUCUUCCAGGACAUGGGCUUUACAAUUUAUGAACACUCCUUCUGGCACUCCGAACAGCUGUGCAUGGAUGCUAACACGUUCCUCAGUGUGGUGGAGCAGGUCCCAGAUGGCUGUAUCUUUGUGAUUGGCAACAUUGGCAGCUGCAACUUGACACCCGGCCAGUGGGCAAAGUUGUUGGCCGUCAUGAAGAGAAAGCAGAUAUUCCCAUUUUUUGACAUUCCCAAUCAAGGUUUAUCUACCGGUGACCUGGAAGAAGAUACUAGAUUCUUACAAUACUUUGUGUCUGAAGGCUUUGAGUUCUUUUGCAGUCAGUCCUUGUCCAAGAAUUUUGGCAUUUAUGAUGAAGGAGUGGGGAUCCUAGUUGUGGUGGCACACAACAACCAGUUCCUGCUGUGUGUCCUCUCCCAGCUGAUGAACUUGGUCCUGGCCCUGUGGCAAAACCCUCCUACCACGGGUGCUCGCAUUAUCACCUCCAUCCUCUGUAACCCUGCUCUGCAGGAAGCAUGGAAGCAGAAUCUGAAAGCAGUUGUAGAGAACAUUAUGCUGAUCAAAGAAAAGGUUAAGGAGAAGCUCCGGCUCCUGGGAACCCCUGGCUCCUGGGAUCACAUCACUAAUCAGAGUGGAAUCCAUGGCUAUCUUGGACUCAAGUUCGAACAGGUACAAUACCUGGUCAAGAAGAAACAUAUCUACAUCCCCAAGAAUGGUCGAAUUAACUUCACCUGUAUCAAUGCCUGCAACAUAGAUUAUAUCACUGAGAGCAUCAAUGAGGCUAUUAUCUUCACAAAGGACUCAGAAAAAGAAUCUUCAGAAAGUAGAUGA